UUCUUUUACUAGGUGUGGGUGUGCUUGGGAAGAUUUUCGGGGAGGCAGCACCAUUGAGGGUGGGUGGGACGGGGCACAAACUUUAAAAAUGUUUAAAAAACACUUGAAAUUUUUGCCCUUUAUAACGAUUUCAUAUUUAGUUGAAUAUGAAAUCACUUAAAGCUCUGAUAGGAUUUUCUCGAUUUUUGCUGGCCGUUUGGGUUUUCACAUAAUUUUUUACUUUUUUGUCACUUAAGAACUAACCAUGACGCGAUAUACCAUCCUAAUGGAUCACGCGAGGAGUUUGAUCAUUGGAUCAAUCACCCAGAUUACGCAUCAAAUGGAGAUUUUAGAACAAAAUGAGGAAGGACGUUCUCGUGGUGUUAAAAUGGUUUUUUUGAAUUUUAUUAAAAGUCAAGAAUGGUUCGUGUCACAACCAUCGGUCACCACAAUUACUACGGCUUAA